UCAAUACAGUGACUGCAGUCAGCUGUCAGCGGCCGUGGAGUGCGGAGUUUGUGAGUCGCGCGGUGCGAGAAAAAAAGCACAUGGUGUGUAUCGCGGCUUCGCUCGUCGUCCUAUAAGUGUGUGAUAACGGAAUUGAAGUAGAAUUAUUUGGUGCCGCAAAGGAUUCUACGAGCAUUUCCUCUCACCAAUUGUGGCCUCACAAUACGUGCACAUUGCACCGCGUGAAUGCAUGUCGGAAUUCCCGCAACGCACAACCUCCUCCCCUUUCUAAUUCUCCACCCCUCUGACGGACUGCAUUGAUUCUAUAGUUUAAAUCGUUCGAGUGCUGUAAUUGCAACGCUGCAUAGCCGAUUGUGUUGCCUUCUUGAUUCAGGUAUACACUGACGCUCAUUAUUAUGCCAAGAUACGACAAGAUGUCAUUAUUACCUGAGUUGUUUUUAUUGUCCAUAGACGAGGAGCCAAAAAUUAUCAUUAUUACCGCUACCAGGCAGUGAUAAUAAUUUUAGUGGUGUGGUGAAAAGAAAACUGUCAAAGUAAGGUGUAUAUAUAAUACUUGAAAAAAAAUCUAGACAAUAAUAAGACACGGUCUAUUAAAUUAACGAGGGACGUUAUUUUGAAAUCCUUAAACUAACAAUACGCACGAGCAAAGAAGAAUAAAUUAUUAUGCAACAGGCAGCACGAUAAGUUGGCAGAGGAGGUAUACAUACAUACAUACACCAGUUGGCCUUCAACUCGGUUUUUUGUACCUCAGCAUCGUCGGCGUCUUCGUAACCGGAACAUUCAACUGCUGGAUGAGUAUGCAUCAAUCGAUACAUUGCCAUUAAUGCUGACCGUUGACCAUUGUCACUGUUGUCUGCAUUCUACAUCGUCCUCGAUUAACAAUUUAAUCCUCGCCGCGAGCCGCCACAGAGAUCAAAAGGAUCUGAAAAAUGACAAAACUAGUUGACGGCUAAUUACAGAGGCAAUCUGUUCCGCAAGAAGGUACCUGAAUAGCACGUUGGGACACUUCGUCAUUACCUUCUUCUCCUUCGUUUUCCGUUCAAUUUCAAACCGUCAAAAGUGCCAAGAUGACUGUCACCUACACAGCGGAGGUCGCAACCUGUCGCGGAUUUGGAUGCUUCAUCAAGCUUUUGCUCAGUCUCGACUCACAUAACCGGAUACACACAGCGGGACUGAUAAGUAGUUUAUCUCGAUCAACUCAUCAUUGUCAAAGAUAGGACUGUACGCAUCGAGGCGUGUGCUAGACAUCGUCACUGAUCAUUUCACAAUCUAGUCCCGUUCUUAUACUUAACACUUGACGUUACAGAGAUGGCGAGCCAGCGUUUACAAAUUGGUGUGGUUCGACUUGGCUGCUUUUUUAAUGCUCAACUAUGCUAUCACGGGCAUACAUCGUUUUCUCCUGGAUGAUGUGCAAAAAGGACACUUUAAGGCAGUUGUCGAGUAUUGCAAAGCUUACAGCGACAAGAUUCCUCUGUCUUUUGUACUCGGUUUCUACGUCAGUAUCGUCAUGACCAGGUGGUGGAAUCAGUACAUGAUUAUUCCUUGGCCCGACUCUAUCGCAGUUUUUGUUUCUGCUACUAUUCACGGCCAGGAUGAACGCGGAAGACUUAUGCGGCGUACCAUUGUGAGAUAUGUCUGCGUUUGCUUGACUUUAGUGCUUACCAACAUAUCGCCCAGAGUUAAAAAGCGAUUUCCAACAUUGGAACACUUCGUUGACGCCGGUUUACUGCUGGAAAAUGAAUUGUCGAUAUUCCAAAGCCUGAACGCCAAGUUCCCAAAGCCUGGUAAACACUGGCUACCCAUAGUAUGGGCCUCGAGCAUCGUUACUCGUGCUCGAAAAGAGGGCAGAGUGCGUGACGAUUUUGCAGUGAAAACUUUGAUCGAUGAGUUAAAUAAGUUUCGGGGAAACGCCGGAAGGCUCAUACACUACGACAUGAUCAGCGUGCCUCUGGUCUACACUCAAGUCGUCACGCUGGCAGUUUACUCAUACUUUUUGACCUGCAUCAUGGGAAGGCAAUGGACAGGUGAUUUAUCGGCGGAAGCAAUCGACUUGUAUUUUCCCUUUUUUACGACUCUCGAAUUUCUAUUCUACAUGGGCUGGUUGAAAGUGGCAGAAACAUUGAUAAAUCCUUUCGGCGAGGAUGACGACGACUUCGAAGUUAACUGGAUAAUAGACAGAAAUUUACAGGUCAGCUAUCUGAUCGUCGACGAAAUGCAUCAUGAACAUCCAGAGCUUAUUCGGGAUCAAUAUUGGGACGAAGUAUUUCCAAUGGAAUUGCCUUACACAGCGGCUGCCCAGCCUUUCCGAGAAGAACAUCCCGAGUCUUCAACCGCUGGUAUUCAACUCUCCGCUGCUCAACAAGAAUUGCAGCCAUCAUCGGUCAGGAUUGAAGAUCUGGCACCGGAGUACAAUUCCAAAUUUCACAAUGAUCUAGCAGACGAUGCUGCAUCGGGUAUACACUUUACCGCAGGUGGAAAAAUGUCAAGAAGUGGAAGCAGGGUCAGUACCAGAGAGCGCAGAUUUAGCGGGGGCUCAACACCUAGUAAUAUUGGCGGUUCGCUCACGAGGGUAAACAGCGUAACUAACGUCCUACGGAGGCUUUUCAGUAGAGAGGAUAGACCCGACGGUAAUAAAACAAACGACGAUACCAGGGCACCAGGAAAAAUACCAAAUUCAAACUCUGCAGCUUCUUUACAGCAGUCUCGAUACGCCGGUGGCGGAUCGAUGAGAAUCGGAGUGAUUGAGGAGGUUGACGAACAGAUGACCAUGACGUCGAUGCGACCGGAGACUAGACCUCAUGUGCAAAGCAUUUUCCCACAGGGAGCACCACCUCCUUCUGCUCCUAUGAACGUUCCGGGAACAGUUUCCCCAAUCAAUGGUCGAAAUGGUGGUGAAAUUCUGUCAACCAGCGCACCUGCUGCCGCAAUCAGACUUCCCAGUGCGCCGAGAACCCAACGCAGUACACAAUCGGCUCGAUCAAGUGCUCACUUCGAGUCUGCACCGGGCUUUGAGAUGGGACCUGUCAACGAUAUGGAUAAUAUUAGCAUGAGUAGUACAAGUACGAUGAAUUCGGACGACGAAUUUUUAAAGCUCAAAACUGAAAGGGAGAAACAACGGCGGGAUAAAGCGGUUUUAAAGCUUGCCCGAAGCAUUAGCGCCCAGACGCAGAUAAAUCACGCAGGAAAUCUUAAUGCGAGUGAUUCAGAGGCUCUUUUAACGGAGCUCGCGCAAACCUCUCGUAUUUCGAUUAGGCCUAGGAACGAUAACUACACCGAUCACGUUUAGCGCCUGAAAUAAUUUAGGUGAAUUCUUUUCUCUUUCUUUCUCUUCGUCUAUACUGUAUUACAUUUCAUCGUAGGUGCGUUAAACGAUCUGCACUUCAAGUGGAAUUCUCCCACUAUCGAUAGUUAACAGUGAUGACACGGAAUUCAUGAGGUGUGUGGAUUUCCGUCGACUAAUGUUUUUUCGUACGACACUAGCGCUUUUUUAAAAGUCUUUUUGUCAUGUAUAUUACCGUCGUAAAGACACACUUGUCACUGCUCAAUAUUUGAGACACGUAUUACAUUCCCGUAAUACAUAAUGUUGUUACUAUAUGACGAAAUCAGUAUAAAAAGAAUUGUUUUAAAUAUAUACUCUAUGGUAAGCAAUUCCAUGCAAAGUCGAACUGUACUUAGAGAAUUUUUAUAGUGAGUAACGUUUAUUAUUCAAUUCACAACAUGUUUUGUUGUUUUUUGCUAUUUUCUUUUUUUUUUAUGCAACGAGACGCGAUAAUUUUAUCGCACUUGUAAAUAUUAGUUGAAAUUCAACAAAUUUAGUAUCUUGUAUAAUUUUAUCUAGACCUAGGUAUUUAGAAUUUAGUAAUUCAAGUUUGUAUUUAAAAAUCAACACGAGUUAGAGAAGCUUCAAUGAUCGGUUAAACUAGUUAGAUUAUUUUAAUUAUUUGAUUGAUAACUUUAGAUGCUAAACUAAAUCGAAUAAUACCUGGGUUGUGGUCGGCUAAGUUUAUUAUAUUUUCUUUGAUUUUACUACGCAUAUUAUUUAUAUCCACGAGUGACGAGAUAUAUGAAACGUCGUUGACGUAUUAUUUAUUAUUACUAAUAUUAUUAUUGUUGUUGUG